UGAACAUUCUGUGAUCUGUAUUGCAACCUGCAACUGACAAGACACUCUCUUCUCAAAAGGACCUGCUACUCACAACUUUCUUGUAUCUCGUAUCUCUUGGUCUACACUGAAAAGCACGAACAUGUCACUGCACUAUAUGAUUGGUGGUAAAGGAGGUAAUGCUUUUGAUUUCAAUGGUAUCGACAAUGGAUCCACACUACAGAAGAUCUGGGUGUGGGUUGGCGGCUGGCAGAUAAGAGGCAUCAGGGUUUGGCUCACCGAUGGCCGGUCCAUGGAGUUUGGACAGCGUAAUGGGAACUAUUCAGAAUUUAAAUUUAAUGAUGGAGAACGUUUUGCUUCUCUCUCGCUAUGGGGAAAUGGAGCUGGAACACGACUGGGCGCCAUCAAAUUCAAGACAAGUCAUGACCGGGAGUUCUUCGCGAAAAUGACCGACUGGGGCCUGAAGACAGAAUAUCCCAUCAAUAUUGGCUGUGGCAUCUGCAUAGGAGUCAAAGGAAGAUCAGGUCACGACAUCGAUUGCUUAGGCUUCAGGUUCAUCGACAUCAUCAAGUCUGCUGAGUUGACGAACGUGAGCUAUCCCACGCUUACUGCGGUAAAACCCUGUGUGUCCAUUGAGGAAAUCAAAUCCACGUCUUACCAAAACGAGUCCUCCAUCAUGCAAGAAUACGAAAUAAAAACUUCAAAAACCAUCACCACUACGUCCUCCUGGUCGGUGACCAACAAGAUGGAACACACCUUCAGCAUUAAAGUGAAGGCAGGAAUUCCAGGAAUUGUGGAAGCAUCGACCGGAUACAGGUUUACAACAGGAACUGAAAGCACAUAUAGUUUGCAGAAUUCUGAGGAAAAAGAAGAGGAGUUGUCUUUCUCUAUCCAGGUUCCUCCAGGAAAAACAUCAGAUGUACGUAUCACAAUCAGCCGAGCCACAAUGGAUCUCCCUUACACGGGCACGGUGAAAAUUACAUGCCGUGACGGCAACGUUCUGCACUUUCAAACCAGCGGAACCUUCAGAGGCAUCAUGUACACCAAUGCAAAUGUUGUUGUGAAGGAAUCCGCAGCGCAACUGCAGUAGGCAGUUUAUUUUCUCUGUCCCUAAAAGGCAUUUUCUCUGUCCCUAAAAUGUGGUCCAGGGGGGCAUAUUACAGAAACUUCCUAUCUUUUGUCCUAAGUUAAGAUCUGACAAGGUCAAGAUAAGUUUUCAUAAAUUAGGAUAACAGAAGCAAAUCAUAUCAUAAUAAAGGAGAUCCUAAACUAAGUUACCCAAUCGCUUGAUUAAUUUCAUUAUAAGUUGAUAAUCAAUUAUUAUUUUUGUUACCAAGCAACAAACUACAUGCACACAGCUGAAACGUAAACACAUAAUGUAACAGUGGUUAGUUAGCUUAAAGUUAGCUUACCAUAAACAUUUGUCAACUAAAAUGUGAUUACUUGGAAGAAUAUUGUGAGUGCGCCCCCUGCUGUUUAACAUGGCAUUGCAGCUCCCCAGUUUAAGUUUCCAUUUAUCAAAGCUUUAGCCAGCAUGCCAGCCAUGUUAACACUUUUCCUCCUGUUAAACGGCCACAUGUCCAACUUGGUUUCCUCAAUCACUGCCAUUGCUGCAAUAUUUUGUUUUUCAUGUUUUCAUCAACAUUAACACGCACAGAUAAUAAGAGGGAACGGUGGAGAACAUGUCUGCAAAGUGUGGGGGUCUUUUUGAGCUGCAGAUUUAGAAUAAAAAUGUUUUGCAAUAUGGGUAAACUGUAACAGCUCUUACUAAUUAUAGGAAGCUUGUCAUGCUGCCCAUCUCAGUUGCCUAAAAACAACAUGGUGACUUUAUUUUGAGUGGUCCUUUUUAGAUAGGGUUAGGGUAAGAUUAGGUUUUGAGUUGAGGUUAAGGUCAGGGUUAG